UUUUCUUUCCAGGUCAUCCUGUUCAGUGUCAGGCUAAGAGUGAGGAGAAUUAGAUUAGGUAGGUGACUAGUUAACAUGCAUCCACAAUGUUCAACUGUAAAUUCGUUGGCUGUGAGCAUGUGUCUGAGAAUGUGUGUAACUAUGUUCAGCACACAAAACUGCAUAGCAAUGCCCCCAAUUAUCACUACCAGUGUGGGGUGCCUGACUGCUCAUGGAGGUGUGUCAGGUGGGGCCCAGCAGAUUGGCCAGAGGGGGAGACCGAGGCAACGUUGGAGAAUAUGAAGAGGGAUCUGCUGAACAUCUACUCAGGCAUGCCAUCUUCUCUCUUUUUGGAGGAAGGAAUGAAUGGGGCAGGGAGAGCAGAACCAAUGAUGGAAAAGACAUACGUCAUCCUGCGGAAAUACCUUAACAAAGUGCCUGCUGCAGCGAUGUCUGAGAUCAAACAGGAAUGGCCAUUUCUCUUCUCUCAGAAAUGCCUAUUCUCACACUUUGGCCUCCUGACGGACGUCGCUGUCCUUCAGAAGCUACAGGAGGCAAUUAGUCGACGAGGACAGACCAUCCUGGAUUACUGUGCAACACUGGACAACCCCAAGAUCCGUGAUGUUCUGGCCUGCUAUGAUCCAGAUUCUGACAAGGCUGCCUGCAUCCUGCUGCUCCUAAUGUUGUACUUCAAAGAGCCGAAAGAGAGUUUGAUGCUUGAAGUUGAUCCAUGUGCCACUGCUGUGUACGUCAAUACUGCAGAACUCCCCAGCACCCCCUGCUUGAUCAUUCAAGGUGACAUGAUGAAGCCCUCUGGAUGGCUUAUAUCCAUCGAGGGACAUGUCGUGAUGGGCCCACACCCUUUCUUUUUACACGGAGUAGCUGCUUUCUUCAGCAGCUAUUACGUCUUCAACCUUGAGUAUCCUGCCUCUGGAUCGUCGACGCUGGAGUUCAUUCAAAGGUGCUUCCUGGGCAGCAAUCCUGAAAGAGGCUCAAAGACCAAGAAGCGGACAACAAUGAACCCUCAUGUGAGCACCCUUUUGAGGAAACUUAUUGACUUUGAGUGGGCAUCAUAGUUUUUGUUUUUUGCAGCGGUAGUUGUCAGGCUCAGUUUUGAGUAGCCUUGUUCUUUUUGUAAUUUUUCAAGACAACUUUGCACUACAAGAUUUUUUACACAAUGCUGUUGCAUGUGGACUCAUUAUAAUGUUUGAGACUGAGAGGGGCGCCUCACCCCUUUAAGACAUUCCUUCAUCGCUCUCUCCCUUGCUCUCUUAUAUUGCCAUGAAGGCCUCAUUCCCAUCCUGUCCAUUACUGUUAUUGUGACACAGCUAGUUGAAUAGUUGAAUUGUGAAACAGGUAGUUGAAUUGCAAGUUUGCACAAUUUCUCUGCAUUUUCUGCAUUUUAA